AUGCCGCUCACGAUACCGCCCCCCAUGCCGCCGCCCUCCAUGCCCACCGAGGUGAGAGGAAUGGGAGACCUGGAAGAUCACAAGAGAAGAAUCCUGUUCUCUCAGCUGAGCGGCUACAUAGUCCGAAUUGCAGAGAAGCAAAAAGAAGUGACCGCACAGGUCAAGGAGCUGGACGAAGAUAGGGAGAUCCUUUUUUGUAUUCACGAUUUGGAGAGGAAGUUGUACCAAGCGCAAAUCUAUCACGAGUUCGAAACCCAACGCCUGGAGCAAGGGGGCCAGGUCCACGUGGGCUACGUUCCCGCCGGCCUGGGUCGACCCGUGACAAUACAGGAGCUGGAACUCAUCGUGAAAGAAUUGGAUCUGGUUCUGCAAUGGCAGGCAGCGAGAUGGUUGCACGACCAGAGUACGCUCGCAUACAACCGGCAGUCACGGCGAUUGUGUUGGCAAUUGAGGAGCAUCUCACAAGGGAGAAUUCAUCAGAAGGGCAUGAAUGACGAGCAAAGACAGCAGGCCGAGGCGGGACGACAGCGCCAGCUUGACGCCCUGCUGGACGAGGAGGAGCAGAAUUUCCGUACGCGGGGACACCAACAGCGACCAUAUCAAAUUCCAGUCUUGGCCAUCCCGCCGCCCGCCAGUCACCGACAGUACUGA